UGGUACGCGCAACACAAGUAAUUUUCCCUUCUAUCUAUUGCAGGUCAAUAUUCGUACCAUGGUCGUUCUAUUAUAUGUCUGCUAGAGAUAUUUGGAGCCAUUGUGUCAAGUCUGAAGUAGAUAUCUACGUUUUAUUUAAAACUAACAAAAAGUCACUUUAUAAAUAAUAAAAAUGUUUCGACAUAUGCUACGACCGAUCGUUCAAAAUACACGAAUUGGUGCCCGUUCAUAUCAUGUGCCUCAUGAUGUCAGACCUCCACACAUGGAUGAAGUAAUUGUACCAUCAGGUUCAUGGCAAGAAGCAUAUAGUAAAGCUAAUAGAAAAUAUAAUUUGGUAUUAGCACUUGGUAUUACUUCACUACUUGUUACAAUAGCAAUUGGCAGAUGGAAUGGAACACUGUGGCUUAAUUUUGCUCCACCAAAACCAAAGCCAAAAGAAUAAUGUUUUAUUAAGGUACAUAUUUAAACAGAACGCAGUAGCAUCUAAUAAAUAUUGUAUCUGUUCUUUUACAAUUAAAAAUUAUAGUGCAAAUGUUAUACCUGUCAUUGUAAUUAUUUUAUUGUAAAGAAGAAUAUAAAAUUUCUUUAGAAAUA